GGAUGAUGUCCACUGCUGCUAGUUUUUGGAUUUUCACUUCACUUCUCAUUCUGAAAGAAGAAUCAUUUUCAGUUCUUCAGAUAGGAACAACUUAGUAGAACUGAAGGGAAGUGAGAAAUGACACUUGCUCCUUCUCUUUCUCUCCCUCACUUCCAUUCCUCAUUUCUCUGUUGCCCUCUCAAACAACCCUUCUCUCCCUCUUCUAGAAAUAGAAUUCAACCAAAACCCACAUCUUAUCCACGCAUUAGAGCUCUAGAGUUUGAUCAAAACACGGUAAUUGCUAUAACUGUUGGUGUUGCAAGUGUGGCUAUUGGGAUUGGCAUUCCAGUGUUCUAUGAAUCCCAAAUUGAUAAUGCUGCUAAGCGAGAUAACACUCAGCCCUGCUUCCCAUGCAGUGGAUCUGGUGCUCAGAAAUGCAGAUUUUGCUUGGGAACUGGCAAUGUGACAGUCGAACUUGGUGGGGAUGAAAAGGAAGUCUCUCGAUGCAUAAAUUGUGACGGCGCUGGCUCACUGACAUGUACCACUUGUCAAGGAUCGGGAAUUCAACCUCGUUACCUUGAUCGUAGAGAAUUCAAAGAUGAUGAUUGAGGCGAGUUGAAAAUAAGCGGCGGUGAUUUGGCAUUCAAUGGCGAGGAUAAUUUACUCAUUUAAUUUCAAUAGUCUCUGUACACAUGUAAUCCAACAGUCAAAAUUGUGUUGAUGCUUUCAUAUGAUUUACAUUUUAACCUGUGAUGUUAGGCUACUCUCUUCCAUGAGCUAUCUGUGUAAAGUUUUGGCGUUUCUGGUCAUUUUUUUAUUCAAUUAUUCAAUGUCCUUUUGUAAAUGUUGGAUUUUGUUGUGUUUAUGGCCUUAGGACUUGACAACUAUGCUCAAAUUAUUAUAACUGGUGUUAUUUCUGUUUCUAUUGAAUGAACUGUUUCUGGGAA